GCGACGAGAGCAGAGUCCCAUGUGUUUGAGCACAGCAACGGGUGCUCCGAUGAAAGCAUAAACGUUUAACAUAUUUACUGUCUUAAGCAUCUUUCGCAAUCUAUAAACAACAUGGGUAAAAAGGGGAAGAAAGAGAAGAAGGUGAAAGGAGCGGAGAAGACGGCUGCCAAAAUGGAGAAAAAGGUGUCCAAGCGCUCGAAAAGAGAGGAGGAGGAUCUUGAGGCUCUCAUCGCAGAAUUUCAGCAGCUGGACGCAAAGAAGACACAAGUGGUGGAGGCUACCUGCCCACCGCCCUCGCCCAGACUUAAUGCCUCCUACUCUGCACACCCCGAAAAGGACGAGCUGAUUCUAUUUGGUGGAGAGUUUUUCAAUGGAAAGAAGACGUACCUGUACAAUGACCUGUUCUUCUACAACAUCAAGAAGAACACCUGGGCCAAGGUUGACAUCCCUAACCCACCUCCUCCCCGCUGUGCUCAUCAGGCGGUGGUGGUGGCCCAGGGAGGGGGGCAGCUGUGGCUGUUUGGGGGGGAGUUUGCCUCUCCUGACGGGGAGCAGUUCUACCACUACAAGGACCUCUGGUGCCUUCACCUCAACCCACUCAAAUGGGAGCAGAUCAAAGCUCCAGGGGCUCCAUCGGGGCGCAGUGGCCACAGGAUGGUGCUGUGUAAGAAGCAGUUGCUGGUGUUUGGAGGCUUCCAUGAGAGCACCAGGGAUUACAUCUAUUAUAAUGAUGUCCACUGCUUCAGUCUGGACUCCUUCUCCUGGUCCCGAUUGGCUCCCUCUGGUUCUGGCCCCUCCCCUCGCUCCGCAUGCCUCAUGAGCCCCACCCCUGACCACUCUGGGGUCAUCAUCUACGGGGGGUACUCCAAACUGCGCGCUAAGAAAGACGUGGACAAGGGCACCAUUCACUCAGACAUGUUCCUACUGAAGAGAGAGGGCAAAGACGACCAGGAGAAGUGGUCAUGGUCCCGUGUGAGUGCCGGUGGUGUGAAGCCCCCUCCACGUUCAGGCUUCUCCGGGGGUGUGUGUGUGGGUGCGGGCGGGCGUGCCCUCAUCUUCGGAGGGGUGUGUGACGAUGAAGACGAGGAGACACUGGAAGGAGAGUUCUACGGCGACCUCUACCUCUACGACAUCACCAAGAACAGAUGGCACCCCGGACAGCUGAAGGGUAUCCGCUCAGAGAAAAAGAAACGAAGGAGAGGAAAGAAAGAAGCAGCAGCAGCAGCAGCUGGAGGAGAAGAGGAGGAUGGCUCAGACGAGAGCGCCUCCGCUCCGGAACCCACAGAGAUCAUCAAGGAGAUUGUGGCGGAGGACGGCACGGUGAUGACCAUUCGAGAGGCCAUCCCUGUGGCCAGGACCCAGUCUCCCAGUGACGAGGAGGAGGAUGAUGACGAUGAGGAUGAUGACGAGGAGGGGGCCGCCGCUUCGAUGGUAGAGCCCUGUGCACGCUCCAAUGCCAUGGCAGUGGUGAAGGGAGGCCGCCUGUUCUUGUAUGGGGGCAUGUUUGAGGUGGGCGACAGGCAGUUCACCCUGAGUGACCAGUACAGCCUGGACCUGGGCAAGAUGGACAAGUGGGAUGUACUGCAGGAGAUGGAUCCCAAAACCCAAGAAUGGCUGGAGGAGUCUGAUGAAGAUGACGAUGAUGAUGACGAUGGGGAGGAGGAGGCCAAAGGAGGAGAGAGUGAGGAGGAGGAGGAGAGCGAAGAGGAGAGUGAGAGUGAAGAAGAGGAUGGCGAGCACCCUGCAGUGGAGUCCGGUGAGGCUCUGGAGGCCUACCAGCGGCGCACGGAGGCCUACUGGGUGAAGCUGGCACGCGCCAACAUGGGCCCCGAGGCCAAGGACAAGAAGGUGCAGAAGGUGGGCAUCGCCAUGGCCAAGGUCUUCUACGAGGAGCAGCAAGGAGCGUAACCUGAAGGCGUGAGAGUGUGUGUGUGAGUGUCAGUGUCAGUGUGAGUGUGUGUGUGAGAGAGAUAGAGUCAUGUGAUUUGUCAGUAUGUGGACUUUUUUGUACAGUGUGCGUGUGUUCUGAAUGUGUGGAUCAUGUGAUUUCUGUGUGUGUGUGUGUGUGUGUGUGUGUGUGUGUGUGUGUGUGUGUGUGUGUGUGUGUGUGUGUGUGUGUGCAUGCACACACAUGUGAGUAUGUUUGAUUUGUGUGUGUGUGAUGCAUUAAAAAAUAUUCUACACGUUUCACUUGUAAACUUUUACACACUCAGCAAUUUACUGAACUUAGCCCAUCCAUAAAGCUCCCCAGUCAUGGGAUCCUAUUCAUGUUGAAAUAAUGAUGACGGUUAUGAUCAAUGGUAAAAAGAUGAACUGCUGCAGUAGACCUACUGUCGGGAGGUAUUGUUGGCCAGUACAGGGAGGCGCACUGUCCAACCAGAGAGACUGGAUAAGAUAAUUCUCCUAGAAAAGAAUUGAAAGAAAUAAUACUCCUAGAAUCUCUGGUCCAACUGCAGACAGAGACCUAGAUUCCUUCACGGUAUUUAUCCUUGGCCAUGCGUAUUGAAGAGGCCAUAGCCAUGACACAGCUGCACUUUAUGUGGCUCAGUUUAACUUGAAGGAAAUUCUCUUGAGACUGCGUUGAGGUGUGAAUGAAGGGUGAGGAUUAGGUAGGUUAACUGUGUUCCAUACUGAACUGAAAGUGCUAAUAAUACCUCGGAUGAAACCUUGAAGAAUAUGGAACUCCAGAAAAAAAUGUGGACAUAAAAAAACAGGUCUUGAAAGAACUAUGGUAAAAUUCUUCUUUGGCGUCUUUUUUUAAUACAUGUAGUACUACACUGGGUUCAUUUUCACAAAAUCCACUCUAAGGUUUUUUUUAAUGACAGCAUUUUAAUAGGAAGAUGGCUGAAAUUCUACUUAUAUGUGGUCUACUAGAUGUGACAUUUUUAAGGGACUGUUUCUCUAGGUAAGGCUUUACAUUCCCUUAUAGCUCAUGUUAUGAUAAAACUGGACAAGUCACCACCAGCAUGCACAUGCUCUAAAAAUAUCAGGAGAAGCCAGCUGCUCCAGCUGUAUUCAACAGCGAUUUCAGGGGCCUUGAUGCAGCCGAAGGGAGCAGUGUUUUCCCUGGCCUCACAGUAUUCACUCUCCUCUCCACCACAGAAGUGCCUGGUCAGCAAAGCCCACAGUAUGUGCUGGUUAGGUAUAUAGGUUCCUGACUCAGGGAGAAAGAUGCCUCAAUAUUUCAUUGAGCUCUGCAGCAACAUCUUUUAGGGCCACCAUAAAAAGAAUGUUUACAUUUAGAAAAACUCUCAUUCAAAAUUGGGUGCAUCUGCAUGCGCUAGUUUACAGACUUAGCGCAACUGUGCUGGAAAACAUUGCCAACAUUAGAUCCGGUAUUCAGGUUGAAGAUUCACAUAGUUCCAGAUGGACUCGCCAACUCACCUCAAACUGCCUUUAACUGUAAAUGCACACUGUAACUACUGCUCCAUUACUUUACAUACUGCUCCCAAUUUUCAUUGCUGAAGUGCAGAAAUUUCAAAUUUUAUUGAGAGGGGGUUGGCAAAUGCAAGCUACAACGUUUUGUGAAUAUCUGGCCAGAUUCUGUCAAGACCAAAAGUGCCAAAUUUCUGUUAAUCGACAGCCAAUCAAUCACGUCAGUAGCUGGUGUGGAUGAAUCACUUGUCUGAUUUGUAUAUCAAUUACUUGUGUUUCAUUAAAUCCAAUAAUCAAUUCAUGGCUCAACAAGCCCAGACUCUUAUCAUUUUGCUGAAUAUAAGAUUGGCCUAUCUUUGCAAAGGUGUAUUUUUACUAGUACAAUAUUUGUUCUAUGUGUUUUGGAAUCCUAGUGUAACAACCCCAUUUCUUUCCGUACAUGUCCCUUUGAAUACAUGACACUCUACGAAAGACAUCAUUUAAUAAUAAAACCAAAUAUGCU